AUGAGUGAAGCACCCACAAAAUACAAAGUAUUAUUUUACAACAAACUCAACAAUCAUCAACAUAUUAUCAACACAUUCGGAUUUGUUGAAAAUAAUUUUGGAACUAUUACGUUAUUGCAAGAACGAGCAUCUCAUGGUCAUUUUCAAGAACUAUUAAAAAAGAAAUUAUUUGAACCAUCAUCCAUGGUACUCAUUGUCAUUUUCUUACAGAUUAUUGAUGCAAUGGUUUACAACGUUGGCAAAGGCAUGAUACAUGAUGAUUUACGUUGUUCGAAUGUUCUUGUCUUUCAAAUGGAUUCAUCUAAGCCUGAAGAAAACUUUGUUAAACUAACCAAUUUUGCUUUAGCACGACCCAAUAAACCGUCUUUAUUAGACGAUAGACGAUCAACUAUUCCAGUGGAAUAUUGUGCACCUGAAAUUCUUCGAAGUGCAGGUCGGUUAAAUUAUUCUGAAUUAUCCGAGAUUUAUUCGAUGGGAGUAUUAAUGUGGGAGGCUUGUUCACAAGGCCAUACUCCUUAUGGUUCUUCAAUAUCUAACAAAGAAGUUCGGCAGAAAAAGUUAAAUGGUGAUUGUUGGUACAAUGAACCACAAUUACGAGAUAAUUUUAAAGUUAUAAAAACACAACUUUCUAGUAUUAAUCUUGAAUCACAUUUUCAAUAUGAACUAGAUGUUGAUGUCAAAAUAAACAAUCAACUACAUGAUGACCAUGGACAAAUAUUUUAUAAUGCAGAAUGGGUAAAAAAGAAUAAACCACUAAUUAUAUUAAUUGUAAUAAAUACAGAAACAGCAGAACGUGAAGCUUCAUUUUAUAUUGAACUUAGUUCUCAUGAACAUAUUUUCCAGACAUUUGGUUUAGUAAAAAAUGAUCCUCGAUCGACAAUGUUAAUACAAGAACGUGCUCCACAUGGUAAUCUAUUAAAAUUAUUACAAAGUCAACAAUUUAAACUAUCAGUAACGAUACUUGUAACAAUUUUCUCACAAAUUGUUGAUGCUAUGAUUUAUAUUAUUGAACAAGAUAUUAUACAUGGUGAUUUACUUUGUUCUAAUGUUUUAGUCUUUCAGAUGAAUCCAUUUGAAGUAAAAGGAAAUCUAGUUAAACUAACAAAUUUUUCUCUAAGUCGUAUAAAUGAUCCAUCCAAUGGUCAAACAAAUUAUUCGGAAUUAUCUGAUGUUUAUUCGAUGGGUAUUUUGAUGUGGGAAGCUUGUUCACAGGGAGAAGUUCCGUAUGGAACUGAUACAAGUGAUAAUGAUAUUCGACAACGAAAGUUGAAAGGUGAACAACUAUCAAUGCCAAAUAAAUGUGAUAGACAAAUAUGGAAUAUUAUAAUAAAUUGUUGGUAUAAUGAACCACAAUUACGAUACAAUUUUACUGACAUGAAGAAGCGUUUGUCUAAUUUUAUUCCUGAGUCAAUAGAAAUUUAUGAGUAUCAAUUGAAUAUUAAUGUCAGAAAGGAGAAUCCAUUUAAUGGUCAUUAUGGUAAAUUUUAUGAGGCAGAUUGGAUACCAAAACGAGAACCACCAAUUAUUUUAAUGAUCUUGAAUAAAGAAACAGCACAACAUGAUGCUUCAUUCUAUUUGACGCUCAAUGCUCAUCCUCAUAUUAUACAUACUUUUGGUUUCGUUGGAAAUAAUGAUCGAUUACCUAUGUUACUGCAAGAACGUGCUACACAUGGUAAUCUUCAGAUAUUGUUACAAAGUAAACGUUUUAAACCAUCAACUAACGUUCUCAUUACAAUUCUUUUACAGAUUCGGAAUGCUAUGAUUUACAUCAGUAGUAAAGAUAUUGUACUAAUACGAUAUUGUGCUUCUGAAAUUCUCAAAAGUACAGAUAAGUCAAAUUAUUCUGAAGCAUCCGAUGUUUAUUCAUUUGGUGUUUUAAUGUGGGAAACUUGCUCACAAGGAAAAGUACCUUAUGAAUUUGAUACAUGUGAUAAUGAUAUUCGACAAAGAAGACUAAAUGAUGAGCAAUUAUUACGACCAAACUCUUCUCAUGAUCCAAUAUGGCCUAUAAUCGAAUCUUGCUUACCUGUUCAAAGUCAACCAGAAGCAUUCUACUACUGA